GCGAAACCAUCGGAGCUCAACAAACAUACCUAAGCCACCGCCCCGCCCCGCCGCUCCACCUUUCCAAUCUCUCAUCAUGUCGACGCCGUCUGCAUCCCGGCCCAGCGGCCCCAUCCUUUUGAGCCCCUUUCCCAACUACCAAUCCGCAUCGCUCUCCCGCGUCAAGCUCUCCGCCAGCGGCUCGCCGGUCAAGUCCUUCAGCGUCUCGUCUCCCGCCUCCUCCCCCACCGCCGCCCCCAAAAUCCGUCGGUCCUGCAUGUGCUCCCCGACGAACCACCCUGGCUCGUUCCGAUGCAGCCUCCACAAGGAACGCAAGCAGCAGGCCCCGGCCGCCGGCAGCUGCAGCAAACCCGCCUCUCCGCCUUCGCCGCCGUCGAAGCGCACGGUGAGCCCGUUCGCGCAGCUCGUCCCCAGCGGCAGCGGCUGCUCUAGACGGUCGUACAGCGGGCUGGCGCAGCGCGUACCCAUGGGGAGCGGGCACUGGGCGCGCAAGGCGCUCGUGCCGUCCCCCGCGGUGCAGCAGCUGCAGCACCGGAAGCGAGUGGUGGAGCGGUUCCACGCCGGGCCCAGCCGGCUCUCCGCCGCCUCCAUGGCCGGCCGCAGCAACCAGUAAAAAACAACAUCGUCGACAUGCCAUAGCAGCAAGAUACGUACAUACUGCACAAAGUGUAAAUAGGAAAGAAAUUCCCCGAAUAAUCCCGUUCGCUGUAUAGAAGGAAGAUCGGUGGGGAUUAGGCCGGCCCAGAAGAUUGGAGUUUUAAGACCCAAUUCGAUUAGCUAGCCAGUAGAUACUGUACAUAGAGUAAGUCUCUUCUUCCUCUCCGCUCCGCUGCACAUAGAGUGAGUUGUUCCUCGUCCUCUCUGCUCCACUUGUACAUAGAGUGAGCUCUCAUCCUCUCUGCAUAUAUAUCAAUACAUGAGUGACAAAUUGGAGACAAAUUGGAUAGCUGUGUAUAGCCCUUGAUUUUGGUUCUGGAUAUAUAUCAAUACAUGAGUGAC